AUGAUAUUUUUGUCGAGCGUCCAGCUUCGAAGGUUUUAUACUAGCCAUUUUAUCCAUCGACAUUUGCAGGUACAAUCGGCAACAAGGCGUUCAAACCUUUCUCCCCUAUUCUAUUCGCGAUCAAUGAGUAACAACAUCAGUGGUGUAUCUGGGCUGAGAGAGCUGGCUGCAACUUUGGAGCAGCCACUUUUGGAUGACCGCAAGUACCGGUACAUCGAGCUUCCUAACCAUCUACGAGUGCUGCUAGUGCAUGACAAAAACACAGAUAAGUCUGCUGCAUCUUUAGAUGUCAAUGUGGGGGCAUUCGAGGAUCCCGAAGACUUACCGGGCCUCGCGCACUUUUGUGAGCAUCUACUGUUCAUGGGCAGCAAGAAAUUUCCUAAUGAAAACGAGUAUGCGAGCUUCUUGAGCAAGCAUGGCGGCGCCUCUAAUGCAUACACUGCGUCACAAAAUACCAAUUACUACUUCCACGUAAAUCAUGAAAACCUGUACGACGCAUUAGAUCGGUUCUCGGGCUUCUUUAGCUGCCCGUUAUUCAACGAGUCAUCGACUGAGAAAGAGAUAAAAGCGGUCGAUAGCGAAAAUAAGAAAAAUCUCCAAAAUGAUAUGUGGCGCCUUUACCAGCUGGGUAAGUCGCUGACCAACCCCAUUCACCCGUACCACAAAUUCUCUACUGGAAACUUUGAGACUUUAUGGAGCAUUCCGAGAUCGAAAGGCGUCAACGUCCGUGAUGAGCUGCUGAAGUUCUACAACCGGUCAUAUUCUGCAAAUCUCAUGAAAUUAGUGAUCUUGGGCCGCGAAGAUCUAGAUACCUUGGCUCAGUGGGCAUAUGAGCUGUUCAAAGACGUCCCUAACCAUGGGACCAAAGUGCCUGAGUAUCACGCCCAGGCAUUCACGCCCGAGCACCUGAUGAAGGUAAUUAAAGUGAAGCCGGUUAAAAAUCUAAAGAGUGUUGAAAUCUCAUUCGUGGUGCCAGAUAUGGAUAAGCACUGGCAGGUCAAGCCAGCUCGCUACUUGUCGCAUUUAAUCGGCCAUGAGGGCACGGAUUCGCUCCUCGCAUACUUGAAGAACAAUAGCUGGGCAAUCGACCUUUCCGCUGGAGCCACUACCGUUUCAGAAGGCAACGCAUACUUCUCGGUCAACGUUGAUCUGACAGAUGAAGGUGUAGUUCAAUACGAGGCGGUAAUUUGUGCUGUAUUCCAGUACAUUAACAUGCUCAAGGAAGUUCUUCCCCAGGAAUGGGUUUUUACUGAACUAAAAGAUAUCGGCGAGGCGCAUUUCAAGUUUAAGCAGAAGGGGAAUCCAGCGGCAACCGUUUCUAGCCUUUCUAAAAACCUGCAGAAGGCGUACUUGCCUGUGCAAGUCAUCUUAAACACUUCACUUAUGCGGCAAUACGAGCCUGGCCUAAUAAUGGAGUACCUGAACUCAUUAACUUUGGAAAACUCCCGUGUAAUGCUCAUAUCCCAGAAAGUGGAGACUAACUUGAGCGAGCGCUGGUAUGGUACCGAAUACUCCGUCGCAGACUACACUAAGGAUUUUGUGAGCAAGAUUCGGUCACUGGGAGCAAACCCCGCAUUGAAGAUCCCAGCACCCAAUGAAUUCAUAGCUACCAGAUUUGACGUGCACAAGGAUGAAGGGAACGUGAAGCCAUUAUUGGAACCAUUUUUACUGCGGGAUGACCGUUGCGGCAAAUUGUGGUAUAAGAAAGACGAUAUGUUUUGGGUGCCCAAGGGCUAUAUUUAUAUUUCAAUGAAGCUCCCCCAUACGCACUCUAGCAUCGUCAACAGCAUGUUGUGUACACUAUAUGUGGACCAUAUUAAUGAUUCCCUCAAGGACCUGGCGUACAACGCGGAAUGCGCGGGGCUUGAAAUCUCACUUCGCAAAACCAACCAAGGUUUAGACCUCUCUCUAUCGGGGUACAACGACAAGUUGCUUGUUUUGCUGGCUAGGUUUUUCGAGGGGAUUCAGAAACUCUUCCUAAGAGAGGAAAGAUUUAUGGUUUUGAAGCAGCGUCUGAUUCAGAAGCUCCACAACCAUUUGUAUGAUACACCCUACACUCAGAUUGGCAGGUUGUACAGCUCAUUGAUAAAUGAGCGGUCUUGGACAACUCAGGAGAAAUUGGACAUUACGGAGCAACUCACUUUUGACCAUCUAGCCAACUUCGUUCCAACCAUCUACGAGCAGAUGUACUUUGAACUAUUGGUCCAUGGGAACUUCUCGCACGAAGAGGCGUUGGAAGUAUACGACCUCGUGAGCAGUCUGGUACCCAAUGAAAUCAGGAACUCAGAGGGACGGAAUAGCAAGUUGCGGUCCUACUUUAUUCCAGCGGGCGGAGCCUACCACUACGAAACGGCUCUCGCAGACAAGGAAAACGUGAACUCGUGUAUCCAGAAGGUGAUACAACUGGGCGCGUACUCAGAGCUCCUCUCUGCCAAGGGAUCACUACUGGCGCAGAUGGUAAAUGAGCCUUGCUUCAAUACCCUGCGGACGGAAGAACAGCUGGGCUAUGUGGUAUUCAGUUCCAAGCUCAACACGCAUGGGACCGUGAAUCUGCGGAUCCUGGUUCAGUCGGAACGCAGCUCCAGUUAUCUUGAAUCCCGGAUAGAUAACUUCUUGUCAAAAUUUGGUAGCACUCUCGAGAUGAUGUCAGAUGCAGAGUUUGAGAAACACAAGGAUGCCCUAUGCAAGACCCUCCAGCAAAAGUACAGAAACCUCGGCGAGGAGAACGAUAGGUACGUCACCUGCAUAUACCUCGGCGACUACAAUUUCCUCUAUAAGGAGCGCAAGGCACAGCUAGUUCGGCAGUUGACCAAGAAGGAAAUGUUGGAUUUCUACCAACAGACCAUCUGCUCAAAGCAGGCCGCCUCUCUGGUCGUUCACAUGCAGGCUCAAGCCGGAGUGCAGGACAGCCCUGCAGACAAGGUCGACGGCUACCCAACUGGCAACGCCAUCACAGACGUCGGCGCCUUCAAGAGCCAACUCUACCUUGCGCCUAUCCGCGCUCCGAUCAAGAAAUUUGAGGUUACUACUCCCAAACUCUAG